GUUCCUCAUACAUACAACUUUGCGCGACGAUAACUAAACAGCCUUUACCGAGUUGCUGUUUCUAUCGCGACGACAAACCAACCAAGCAUCAAUUUAAUCGUAAAAUAAAUCAGAAUAAUAAACAGUCGCACUUAUUCAUAUUAAUACUUCGAAUCCCGAAACCGAUUUUUUUUUUAAUUUUUUUUCCCUUCGCAGAAAUGGGAAAGAAGAAGCGCGGUCACCCCGACGUCGAGGAGCUCCUCUCCCGAGCUUGGUGUUAUUAUUGCGAGAGAGAUUUUGAAGAUCUCAAGUUGUUAAUAUCUCACCAAAAAGCCAAACAUUUCAAAUGUGACCGAUGCGGCCGACGAUUGAAUACGGCCGGAGGUCUGUCCGUUCAUAUGAACCAGGUGCACAAAGAAUCUCUCUCGUCGGUCGAGAAUGCGCUGCCUAAUCGGCAAGGACUUGACGUCGAGAUUUUCGGCAUGGAGGGUAUCCCCGAGGACAUCGUCCAGCAGCACAACCAGCGGAUCAUCCAGAACUUCUACCAGGCCCAGGCCGAGCGGUACGCCGCCACGGGGAACCCCCCGCCGGGCCAGGGCGGGAAAGGUCCUGCUAAGAAGUUAAAGAUCGAGACCCCCGACGAGAUCAAGAAGCGGUUGGCGGAGCACCGCGCGAGAGUCGCCGCUCAGAAGACGGCUAUGGGUGGUGGCAGUGCUACGCACACGCUGCUCGAGGGAAGACCCGACGGCCAGAGCCCGGCGCAAAACGCAUCCCCCGGUGCAUUUAACUCACCUUUCCCUCCCCCCGGCGGCCAGUACCCAGCAUUCCCCUCCCAGCCUGUUCCCGGCUACUCGCCUCCGCCGCAAUACCCCGGCGCGUACCCACCGCCCAACCUACCCUCGCGGCCCGGAAGCAACCUCCCCGCGCCCCACGGCCUACCGCCUCGUCCGGGCCAGCCCGGGUGGCAAGGCACCACCUCGACGAUCGACGAGCUGGUGUCGGGCGCCGCAGCGGAGGCGGUGCAGGAAGGCGACGAGAUCGACCAGUUGAUUAGGAUGGCCGAGGCUAGAAUCAAGCCGCCUAAGAAACCGGAGACGCCCGCAACUACAGCUGCUGGUGGUGGUAAUGGUGGAGCGGAACCGGCUGCCGAGGGAGCCGAGAAGAAAUCCGGCAAGAAGGAGAAAGACAAGAAUGUUAGGAUGGUGUAUGACGACGAGCUUAGUCCGGAGGAGAGGAUGGCACAGAUGCCGAGGUAUGCGUUUGUUGUGGAAGCAGGGGCUUAAGGAGGAUGGUGAUAGGAGAGAGGAGGGGAAGGGAAUAGGGGUGGUUUGUAAGAUAUACGAAACGGCAUGGUAUGCUUUACGGUUACCUAAUGAGCUAACAGCGCACAGUGAACUGUUCUGCACCUGUUAUGUGGCAGUUUUACUGGGUAGUAGAAAAUUACAACGAGGUGAAAUAUCCCAAGCAAGUACUUCUUAAAUUAGGUUUGCGGACGACGUCGUGAGGAAUGGUUUUAAAGUGUAAGAAAUGGGUAAUUAAGCACAGUCGUAUAUCCUUUAAGAGCACCGGUUCGUUCAGUAAAAUUAAACCCCAUGGGACGAAUUAUAUGUAUAUCUCUUAGAAAAUACCCCUUUUGUGACAACUGUAUUUU